CUAUUUUUUCAGUUUGGAAUAAAGAAAUGAGAGAAGAAAAAUUCGAAAACCCCGCGCCAGUAAUUGAAGAAAUGAUACAAGGAAAUUAUAUGCUCUAUUUAUCAACAUUAGAAAAAGAAAAAUCAAACUAAAAUAAAUCCUAUAUAAACAACUCUUAAAAUUAUAAAGAUUUAAAAAAAAGUUUUAUAGAUUUAUUUGUGUUAAUUACCUGUCACGAAAUAUAUAACUCAAUGGAUCCUUACCGCCCAGGACAUUAUGCUCAAUAUCGAGCUCCUUACGAACGACCACCUUUUACUCCACCAGGCGGUCCUCCUACCUAUGGACAAACCUCGCGGGGUGGCUAUACUUCUGGUACUCCCACACAACGUACAGCUUAUAUGGCUCCUAGACCAGGUUAUGGUAUACCUUUGGGUGGUAUAUCACCAAUGGCAGCCCCAGGUUCAGAAGUAGAAAAAUUGACAACUCUUUUCAUUGGAGGGAUAUCACCGGGAGUAACUGAUGAUUGGAUGGAAAAAAUUCUUAAGACUUGUGGUACAUUAAAAUCUUGGAAGCGAGUUAAAGACCAAUCCGGAAAUCCAAAGGGUUUUGGAUUUGCGGAAUAUGCUGAUGCUGAUAGUGUACUGCGUGCUUUGCGUGUACUUGGUGGUGAAGGUUCGGGUGAUGAUAAAAAAGACAAGGGAGUUGUUCUUCCUGCUUUGGAGGAAGGUGCUAAUGGCAAAAAAUUAAUAGUUAAAGCCGAUGAGAAUACAAGAAAAUAUCUUGAUCAAUAUGAGGCUUCAAGGCCAAGAACGGUGCAUGAUACAGAGUUAGAUAAAAAUGCCUUGUUAUCAGUUAUAAUCGUUGUUGAAGACAUGACUAAGCCACAGGAUAGAAGAGAUCUGUCACCUUCAAUAAAUUCUCAUCAUGAAAAUAAACUAGCUCUUCGAACAUCACCAGCUACAGAAAUAAAAACAGAACAUGGAGAAAAGGAUGAUGACACAGAUUUACCGGCUGAUCUUCCUCCAGAUCAAAAGGAUCUUAUUUACCGAGAAAUAGCAUUCUUUCGAGAACGUGCUGCAGCAAGAGAGCGAGAGCGCCAGAGAGAAGAAGAAGAACGAGCAAAUCGUAGAGCUAAAGCUGAAAAAGAAAGAGAGCGUUCACAUGGAAGGGAAAAUAGAGAGAGAGAACGUGAGAGAGAAAGAGAGCGGGAUCGUGAUAGAGAUCGAGAUCGGCAAUAUGGACAUUAUCAUCAACCAGUAAAUUUUGUUCCUGCAAGAGAAUCAAGACGUGAAUCUUAUAUUUUAGACGAUGAAGAAGAGGAACAACGUAGACAAGCUAAAAGAAAAACCGAAAUGGAAAUGGCUUUUAAAGAGGGAAAGACGAUGGCAACAUAGAGAAGAAACAAUGGCAACAAAUCGUGAACGUGAAGCAGAACGAGAUUUA